AUGCCUCCCAAACGCAAAGCGGCUGACACUGGUCGAUCCAGCAGUGCCUCGAAGCGCGCUACACCAGUCCCCGAUGUCACCGAAAUAUCAAGCAGCGAUGAAUACUCGGACACGGAAGAGUUGCCGGAGGAGUCAAACUUGAAAGAGGUCGUCAACAAGUUUUCCCUCCAGUCAUUCUCAAAGAAAAACCAGGUGGACAAGACAGACCCAAGAUUUGGAUACAAGGACCUCUCCUCCCUCCCGCUGAAGGUCGAUCACUACAACCGGCCCCUAUGGAUCGAGCCUUUGAAGGGAACAAUCACCCUCGAGAGUUUCUCCCCGCUGGCACCCCAAGCCCAAGAUUUCCUCACUACCAUCGCGGAACCGCUCUCGCGCCCGACCCACCUCCACGAAUACCGCUUGACAGGACACAGUCUCUAUGCGGCCGUCUCGGUCGGUCUCAAACCCCAAGAUAUCGUGGAAUUUUUGGACCGUCUUUCGAAGACACCACUUCCUGAAAGUAUUCGGACUUUCAUCAUCGAGUUUACGAAAUCCUACGGCAAGAUCAAGAUGGUGUUGCGACACAACCGAUACUUUGUGGAAACGACGGAUCCUGAGAUGCUCCAACGACUUCUGAAGGACGAGGUUAUCGGACCGCAGAGAAUGGACAACACAGAAGGCAUCAUUGAGCGGGCUGCUCCGAAAAUGGGUGGCCUGGUUAUUCCGGGAACAAAAGACGCAGCAGGCAUUCGAGAGACAACCCAGCAAGAGGGCGCCGCAGCCAGAAACGAGAAGGAGACCGAGGAAGAUGCAGCAGUGGACUACGGCAUUGACGACGUCGGCGAGGACGACAAUGAAGAAGCAACCACAUACAGCUUCGAAAUCCCUGCCGCUGGAGUCGAAGUCGUGAAAGCCCGCUGCCAAUCGAUCGGUUGCCCUGCCUUGGAGGAGUACGAUUUCCAAGGAGACACAGUCAAUCCGAACUUGGACAUGGAUUUGAAGCCCGCGGCACGAAUCCGAUCUUAUCAAGAGAAAAGUCUUAGUAAAAUGUUUGGUAACGGACGCGCCAAGAGUGGUAUCAUUGUUUUGCCUUGUGGUGCCGGAAAGACCCUUGUGGGUAUCACAGCCGCAGCAACCAUCAAGAAAGGAACCAUUGUUCUGUGCACCAGUUCCAUGUCCGUCGUGCAAUGGCGAAACGAGUUCUUACGAUGGACGACUAUUGAUCCUGGAGAUAUCGCUAUCUUCACUUCUGACCACAAGGAGAAAUUCAAAAGAUCUACAGGUAUCAUUGUGUCGACAUACUCAAUGGUGUCGCAGACCCGGGCUCGGUCUUAUGAUGCCCAGAAGAUGAUGGAUUGGCUCCAGUCAAGAGAAUGGGGUAUGAUGAUCCUCGACGAGGUCCACGUCGUACCAGCCUCGAUGUUCCGUAAGGUCACAUCUGCAAUCGCCGCACAGAGCAAACUGGGUCUCACGGCAACCUUGCUUCGUGAAGAUGACAAGAUCAAGGAUUUGAACUUCUUGAUCGGACCUAAGCUUUACGAAGCAAACUGGAUGGAGCUUGCAUCACAAGGUCACAUUGCCAAGGUUCAAUGUGCCGAAGUAUGGUGCCCGAUGACGACCGAGUUCUACUCCGAAUAUCUGCGCGAAAGCUCCAGAAAACAGGCUUUGCUCUACAUCAUGAACCCUCGCAAGUUCCAAGCGUGCCAGUUCCUGAUCGAUUUCCACGAAAAGCGUGGUGACAAAAUCAUUGUGUUUUCGGACAACGUGUACGCUCUGGAGAAAUAUGCGCUGAAGCUUAACAAGGCUUACAUUUACGGCGGCACACCACAGAAUGAGCGUAUGCGCAUUUUGGAGAAUUUCCAACACAAUGAGCAGGUCAACACUGUAUUCUUGUCCAAAAUCGGUGACACAUCGCUUGAUUUACCAGAAGCCACUUGUUUGAUCCAAAUCUCAUCACACUACGGAUCACGUCGUCAAGAAGCACAGCGACUUGGACGAAUCUUGCGAGCCAAGCGCAGAAAUGACGAGGGCUUCAAUGCUUUCUUCUACUCGCUUGUAUCGAAGGAUACCAACGAAAUGGUCUACUCGGCCAAACGGCAAGCUUUCCUGAUUGACCAAGGCUACGCCUUCAAGGUCAUUACCCAUCUCCAGGGUAUUGACAACUACGAGGGACUUUCAUAUGCGACGCCAGCUGAACGUCGCGAACUCCUCCAAGAAGUCAUGUUGCAGAACGAGUCAUCUGCAGACGUCGAACAAGUUAAUGACGACCUGUUCUCCAUGCGCUCUGGCAAGAAGGUUGCAGGCAAGAAACCGAAUGCCAAGCGCAGUGCGGCCACCCUUAGUGGUCUGGCCGGUGGUGAUGACAUGGCGUACAUCGAAUAUAACAAGAGCCGAAACAAGCAGCUGAAAGACAAGGGACACCAUCCACUUUUCAAGAAAAUGGAGCGCGAGCGCCAACGCCGCAAAAAGGAGAAGCAGAACGGCGAAUAA